CGGGUUUGCCGCCAGAACACAGGUGUUGUGAAAACCAUCGCUAAACCUCCACAAAAAUGGGCAAGGAAAAGACUCAUAUUAACAUCGUCGUCAUUGGACACGUAGACUCUGGCAAGUCCACCACUACUGGCCAUCUCAUUUACAAAUGUGGUGGAAUUGACAAGAGAACCAUUGAGAAGUUUGAGAAGGAGGCUGCUGAGAUGGGAAAGGGCUCCUUCAAAUAUGCCUGGGUCUUGGAUAAGCUGAAGGCUGAACGUGAGCGUGGUAUCACUAUUGAUAUCUCCCUGUGGAAAUUUGAGACCAGCAAGUAUUAUGUGACCAUUAUUGAUGCUCCGGGACACAGAGACUUUAUCAAGAACAUGAUUACUGGCACAUCUCAGGCUGACUGUGCUGUCCUGAUUGUUGCUGCUGGUGUUGGUGAAUUUGAAGCUGGUAUCUCAAAGAAUGGGCAGACCCGUGAGCAUGCCCUUCUGGCCUACACACUAGGUGUGAAACAACUGAUUGUUGGCGUCAACAAAAUGGAUUCCACCGAGCCCCCCUACAGCCAGAAGAGAUAUGAGGAAAUUGUUAAGGAAGUCAGUACCUAUAUUAAGAAAAUUGGCUACAACCCUGACACAGUAGCUUUUGUGCCAAUUUCAGGUUGGAAUGGUGACAACAUGCUGGAGCCAAGCUCUAAUAUGCCUUGGUUCAAGGGAUGGAAAGUCACCCGUAAGGAUGGCAAUGCUAACGGAACUACACUGCUUGAAGCUUUGGAUUGCAUCCUGCCACCAACUCGUCCAACUGACAAGCCCCUUCGUUUACCCCUCCAAGAUGUCUACAAGAUUGGUGGUAUUGGUACAGUACCUGUUGGCCGUGUGGAAACUGGUGUUCUAAAACCAGGAAUGGUGGUCACCUUUGCCCCAGUCAAUGUUACAACUGAAGUAAAAUCUGUUGAAAUGCACCAUGAAGCUUUGAGUGAGGCUCUGCCUGGGGAUAAUGUUGGUUUCAAUGUCAAGAACGUGUCUGUCAAAGAUGUCCGCCGUGGUAAUGUGGCUGGUGAUAGCAAGAAUGACCCACCCAUGGAAGCAGCUGGCUUCACUGCACAGGUCAUUAUCCUGAACCAUCCAGGCCAAAUCAGUGCUGGCUAUGCACCUGUUCUGGAUUGUCACACUGCUCACAUUGCCUGCAAAUUUGCUGAACUGAAGGAGAAGAUUGAUCGUCGUUCUGGCAAGAAGCUGGAAGAUGGCCCUAAAUUCCUGAAAUCUGGUGAUGCUGCCAUCGUUGACAUGGUUCCAGGCAAGCCCAUGUGUGUGGAGAGCUUCUCUGAUUAUCCUCCUCUGGGUCGUUUUGCUGUUCGUGAUAUGAGGCAGACCGUUGCAGUUGGUGUCAUCAAGGCAGUUGACAAGAAGGCUGCUGGAGCUGGCAAGGUCACAAAAUCUGCCCAGAAGGCCCAGAAGGCUAAAUGAAUAUUCUGUACAACACCUGCCACCCCAGUCUUAAUCAGUGGUGGAAGAACGGUCUCAGAACUGUUUGUCUCAAUUGGCCAUUUAAGUUUAAUAGUAAAAGACUGGUUAAUGAUUACAAUGCAUCGUAAAAGCUUCAGGAGGAAAGGAAUGUUUUUGUGGACCAUUUGUUUCGUGGCAGUUUUAAGUUAUUAGUUUAUAAAAUCAGUAAUUUUUAAAUGGAAACAACUUGACCAAAAAUCUGUCACAGAAUUUUGAGACCAUUAAAACAGUUUAAUGCGAAA